GAUUCACAAGUCAGCUCAUCAUUUGCGUCUUCAGCGGCAGACCAUCUGUAAUCGCAAGGGAAUCAUGAGCAUGGUUAAACUCAGGACACUCCUUCUUGGCUAUGCGCUGGUUUUCUGUCAGACGUCCUCAAACGCGGCGCCAUCCAGUAAGGAGGCCUUGUCAAAUGGAGUAACACUAUUGAACAAGGAUGCUGAAAUGUUACUCAGAGCUAUCAAGGAGUUCAUGCAGAUAACCUCAGAUGAAGCACCCCAACAAGCAGCUGACGGGGAGAGCAAUUCGACAGCACAAAAACGGGCAUGCAACACGGCCACCUGCGUGACGCACCGCUUGGCCGACUUUUUGAGUCGCUCAGGUGGACUCGGACACAGCAACUUUGUUCCCACGAAUGUUGGUGCCCAGGCGUUUGGCAGAAGGAAGCGGCAUGGCCCGAUGUGAGACCAUAGUACGUUAAUAAUCCUCACUCUAAAAUAGCUCCCAAGAACAUUGUUGUCUUCAGUGACAAAACUGCACCAUCGUCUAGUCACAGUAGAAGCUCCUUUGGAAGAAGCGACAGUUCCUUCUAGAAACAAACUUGGAUUUUUGCCUUUUUUCUUAUGAUAACUAGACAACCUGUUGUUAGUGUGUAGAAAACAGGAAACUCUGAGCUGCUCAGAGUGAUGAGGGCAGACUUGUCUUAUCUGUCUUGACCUCUGAUUCAGCUGCAUUUCGGACCUGUGACUGCUGUACUGCAGUGUGUCUAAAUGGAAAUCCCAUACUGUGCAUCUGUAUCGGCAAAACAAACAACAAAUGUUCUGUGGCUGUUUCUGUACCUUGUUAUAAAACUCCUCAUUGCAUUUCACGUGUGAAAGAGCUGAUCGUAGAUCUAAAUGUUGGGAAAAAUGUAACCAGAGUGUAGAAAUAAAUAGUGUUUUGGCUACAUCGUGCUCUCCUGUUUGACUGUAUUGAAAGGCUGUUGUGGGUCAACCGUUCAUGUUCAUUCAUAUUAAGAAAGGUACAUAGAGCUAAUGUAACAGAACAUAACAGAAUAAAUGUCAUAUUUAAUCUUGUGAAGUAAUUAUUGAAUUAUGGGUUGCAGGGGAGUAAACGUAUGUCUCUUAACUUGACACUUAUAUGUCUCUACAACAGACUAAUUUGGUUUCUAGUGGUUACAGUAAGUUACUACUUUAAUAUUCAGCUGUAUAUAAU